AGGAUAAAGCAAGAUGAAUCAAGAAAAGCUGGCUAAACUUCAGGCUCAGGUCCGAAUAGGUGGAAAGGCCUACUGUCCAUUCUGAUGCAGACAUGCCUUAUAACAUGCCUGUACCCAGCAUAGUCACAAUAAAUGUCCCAUCAAUUGAGAUCUUCGUCUGAGAGCCUUCUCCAGGAAGGGGGGGUGCUUUUGGAGGUUAAAGAAGUGGCUGUCAGAGCAGACAUUUCCUGUGGUGGUGCUCUGGUUGAUAAUUCCCUGCCGAGGAAGAUGUGCCUGGAACCAUCUUCAUUAUCUUUUAAGUUAAAGGCAUUUUGUUUUCCCUAGUCUUUAAUGGGUACAGCUCGUAGAAAGAAGAAGGUAGUUCAUAGAACAGCAACAGCUGACGACAAAAAGCUUCAAAGUUCCCUCAAAAAGUUGGCAGUAAACAAUAUCGCUGGCAUUGAAGAGGUGAAUAUGAUAAAAGAUGAUGGAACAGUUAUUCAUUUCAACAACCCUAAGGUCCAAGCUUCACUCUCUGCAAACACAUUUGCAAUUACUGGUCAUGCUGAAGCCAAACCGAUCACAGAAAUGCUACCUGGCAUCUUAAGCCAGCUGGGUGCAGACAGCUUAACAAGUCUCAGAAAGUUAGCUGAACAGUUCCCAAGGCAAGUGUUGGAUAGUAAAGUACCAAAAUCAGAAGAUAUUGAUGAAGAAGACGAUGACGUUCCGGAUCUUGUAGAAAACUUUGAUGAAGCAUCAAAAAAUGAAGCUAAUUAAUUCAGUAAUAGUUCUGGAAGUUGACAUGGACUAGAUUUAAGAAAUCAGCUGUGUGGUUCCAAAGUUUUACAGAAACAGCGAACAUUACCCGUUUAAUAGUACAAUAAUAUAAAAUACUUUGUAUUUUAAUUAUGCUGUUUGUUCAGCAUUUCCUGUCAGUUGAUUUUUGCAUUUUGCACUUACACCCAGGAUCAACCUUUUUGGUAAAAAAGAAAAAAAAGAUUUUCAGUACAGAUUAAAGGAGAUAUGCAUGUGUGUGGAUGUAUGUAUGUGGCUUUACGUGCAGUGAAAGGGAAAUUGGAGAACAGUUCUAUUUGACUUUCCCCUCUCCCUCUAAAGCUGAAAUAAAAGAAGUCUUUAACUUGGUUAAAGUAAUUUUUCUUAUUCCAAUCAGACAGUUCACAUAAGUAGUGAAAAGUGAGUCUUUCUUGUCCACAUUUCAUGAACUCCAGAUAUUGCUUAUUAAUUGAGUUUAAUUUCCUGUGUUAACAAUUGUAUUUGCAAAUGUUUUUCUGUUCCAUAUUGACAGUGUAUACAUAAGGCUUCCCUUCGGCCUCCUUUUGAUUUUAAAUUGUACCAAAGACAGGAUAUUAACAAGCCUGUUUGUUGCAACAUUUAAAUAUAUAUAUAUAUACUUAAAUUCUUUUUUUUUCCUUUUUAAAGUGUUGCUGUUAUUUACCCUUAAUACUGAACUUAAAUUGCAUUCAUAUAUUAGGGAAAACCCACUUUCUCUUAGAUAAAGCACCACCAUGAAAUCCUGCCUCUUUGACCUGAGUGAGUGCCACCCCUGCACCUGUGUCGUGACUUCUCUUAAUCUCUGUAAGAGAUCAUUGUCAUGCUUGUACAGUGUUGCUAGGAAAAGGCCGCAAUACCAGUAACUGAUUAAAAAAUUGCAGUCAGCUUCUACUCGCUGAAAAUCGUGUGCAUGUUAAAGCAUAGUGCUGGAUCCUACUACCUUGUGGAUUGGAUCCUGCAAUCUGUCAGCAGAAUCUGCUGAGACUGUGGAUUUUCCCAGCAUUCUUCCUGCCUCCCUGACCUUGGGAAAUUUUUCCUAGGGUCAUGGGAUCCACAUGGACAAGCACAUGGGUGGGGAGGGGGCCUGCAGUGUGAAAGAGGAGGGGGUGAAAUGCUUUCUGCCUCUUCGGUUAGGUGAGAGGGCACCUUCACCCCCUUUCCCCUCCCCAUUGUAUCCUCCCAGGCUGAAUGGCUUUUAUAAAUUUUCAUAGCAUCAGACAGGACUGCUUGGGGGCAGGGAACACAGGAAAGAUCCAUGAUCCCUGUUUGAUGCUUGAUAUAAUUAGCCAUAUUUCAAGUUGAGCACUCUUCAGAGUGCUGAAUACUGGUUGAUUCGUUUUAUCUCAGCUCAGCAAACAGCUUGUUUUCCUUUUGACCUGUGGAUACAUUUUCCAGCAGUAUUUCACUUUUGAGAGUAGUACACUGUCAAGUGUGCUCAGAUGUUCACUAUGAAAUAGUGCAUCAUUCUGCACAGUUGGAUCAGUUUGCUAAAAGACGUAACAAAUCUAAUAUGUUAAUGAAUCUCCUGAGAGCUUGUGAACUGCCGUCUUAUUCCAGGAUGCCAGUAUCUAGUAGAGUAAUCUGGGAAAUAAAAUGAACAAGGAAAAGGCAGUUGGUUGUUGCUUCCACUGCCUUAAGAGGCUUACAGUGCAGCCCUAUGCACAGUUACUCCUGUCUGAACUUUCAGUCAAAGACUUCAGUGGGUUUUGACUAGAGCAAAUAUGCAUAGGAUUGCAUUGUUAGGACAUAAAUUGUGAGGAUUAUAUUUUAUUUUACUUGCAACUGCUCCAAGUUGGAUAUAAUGGUUACAGUCACACUUAAAUAUAGAAGCUGUGCUCUCCUAUACAGAGGAUACUGAUAGUGUCACAGGGUCCGCUGCAGUAUUUUCAGAACCUUCCUUCAAAAUGCUCAAUGUGAUGCUCUUCUCAGAGGUUCUUCAAAGGUGCUUGAUGUAAUUUUUGUAAUUGAGCGUCAUUGCUAACUUUGUCAUGGGCAAUUAUGGCUUGGGAAAGUCAUCCUCAUUUGGCUUCCUUCUGAAACAUAUCCGCUUUCUCUGUAGAUAUGUACACCCAUUGACUAAAUGUGAGGCUAUCAAUAUGUCAGCAUUCUAGUGACAUCAAUCUGAACCACGAAAGCAGAGCUUGUAGUGGUUUGUCAUCUGGACUGCUCACUUGAUUUUAUAGACUUGUUCAGUUUUCUUGUUCUAUUUUAUAUAAUACAUGGAUCUUAAUAAAAUAAUGGAAAAGAGGCAAUGCUCCCUCUUGUGUGUCGUUUCCUUCUCCCCAAAAUACUGAGAGAGAACAAAAUGUGAAUACAGGUGAUGCUUUAACCAGCAAUACACUUGUAAUGCUACUUUUUUGACAGAAGUAGGGAGCAGGGUAAAUGUUCUACCAAAUCAAAACCUAGAAUUUCUGUAAUCCCACAUUGUUCUAUUAAUCCCAGUUUUCUUUUAGAUUUCAGGGCAAGCAUUUGGGAAUGUUUUUCUUUUCCAUACUGCUAAAACUACUCAAAUGUCAGCUUGUUUAAUGAGGGUUUAUUCCUUUUCUGUUCAUCCAUUCAAAUGCUAGACACACUGCUUCAGCAUGAGACAUCAAACUAACAUUUACUAAUACUUUUGCCGAGAGCUUGCAUUGAUUAAUAAAAUUAGCAGACAUGAAUUAGGUUUGAAAACCAUUCUCUAAAAGAUGGGGAAGGCAGUUUUUACUGGUAGCCCCCUUCACCUCCAUGCUGUUCCUGGUAGUCCACAGAUAGGGGGCAUAGAAGACUGCAGCAGGAAGGGACAGGCACAAAAGUUACCAUUUCGGUAGCAUAGCUUUGCUUACAAUGCUUAAAAUUCAGGUUGUACCUAAAAAAACACAAAAACCUUCAUUUCCUGUCUAAUAAGUCUAAAAUUAGUUACUUCAAGAUACCGAAGGAUAGGAAUCUGAAUCAAUACAAUUGUUUACAAAACACUUCCCAAAAUUCCAGAUAUGAAUUUUUCAUUUGUCAAUUCAUUUGUAACUUUACACUUGGAAAUUAACAAGCUAACUUGCAUCGUCGUGUGUAUUUUCCUGUAUGCAAAGAACUGGUGACCACUUUUGAUUCCAGUAUGAUAGCUUACAGAAAUCCAUUCAACUGUUGGUAACUGAAUGUAUUUAAAUCAUUUUUAGCCCAUGCCUAAAAAAGAUACAAGGUGGGUUACAAUUACUUUUAAAAUACACCAGAAGAAAACAAUAGAGACCUAUAUAGAGCAGAGAUUUAAACAACUUCAGAUAAUCGAAAAACCUUUUAUCUGCUGGAAUGUUGUACUGCUGUCAAACUGCUAAUAAUCUGUAGGUCUUCCUCACCUGCAGAAGAAGGCCCUUUCAUCACUCAGGAACCACUGUUGAGAAAGCCCUGGAGUGGGCAGAUGCUGCCUGGAUGUUGGUGCACAUCCUUAGUCUGAGUUAAAUUGCUGCCGAGAAGUACAGUGGGAGAGACACUCCUGAAGAUAUGUGGGUUCUAAGCCAUGAAGGGCUUUAUAGGCCAUAACCAGUACCUUGAGUUGUCCCUAAAUGGUGUAACCAACAGUUUCCUGGGACAUACCAUCAAAACAAUUCCUCCAAUAGUCCUACAUUUCAUCUGUACAAGAUAGUAAAUUAAAAGUUCAGUGUGUGGUGGUGAUAGUAUUUCUUGAUUUGUUCAUGUCAAAUAUUUGAGUAAACAAUUUGUAAACCACAUCUAAUUAUUAAAUAGCA